AAGAAAAACAAAGAUGCUUAUGAUUUGAAACACAGCAACAUUUUCUUCUUUUGGCUCUCUUUGACACCUUUUUUUGUUGUGUUCUGCUUGUUUCGACAAUUUAAGAAAGAAAUAUGGGCCAAAAGUUUCACGCUUUUAUGUUCCCAUGGUUCGCUUUUGGCCAUAUGACUCCGUACUUGCAUCUAGCCAACAAGCUAGCUGAGAAAGGUCAUAGGGUUACUUUCUUGCUGCCUAAGAAAGCUCAAAAACAGUUGGAACAUCACAAUCUGUGUCCAGAUAGCAUCGUCUUUUGUCCUCUUACUAUUCCUCAUGUUGAUGGUCUCCCUGAUGGCGCCGAGACCGCCUCGGAUAUCCCCAUCUCGUUGGGGAAGUUUCUGACCGCAGCCAUGGAUCUCACACGCGAUCAGGUCGAAGCCGCGGUUAGUGCUUUGAGACCAGACCUGAUCUUUUUCGAUUUUGCUUAUUGGGUUCCGGAAAUGGCGAGAGAACAUAAAGUCAAGAGUGUGCUCUACUUUGUGGUAUCGGCUAACUCCAUAGCUCAUGAACUUGUCCCAGGUGGUGAACUAGGAGUUCCUCCACCUGGUUAUCCUUCGUCAAAAGUGUUGUACCGUGGACAAGAUGCUCACGCUUUGUUGACCUUUUCCAUCUUCUACGAGAGGCUUCAUUAUCGGAUAACAACAGGUCUAAAGAAUUGUGAUUUUAUCUCAAUUAGGACUUGUAAAGAAGUCGAAGGUAAAUUCUGCGACUAUAUCGAGAGACAAUACCAGAGGAAGGUUCUUUUGACAGGUCCAAUGCUUCCAGAGCCAGACAACAGUAGACCACUUGAAGAUCGAUGGGAUCAUUGGCUAAAUCAGUUCGAACCCGGUUCGGUAAUAUAUUGUGCAUUGGGAAGUCAAAUCACUUUAGAGAAGGAUCAAUUCCAAGAACUCUGUUUAGGAAUGGAGCUCACUGGUUUACCGUUUCUUGUAGCGGUAAAACCACCAAAAGGCGCAAAGACGAUUCAAGAAGCGUUGCCAGAAGGGUUUGAGGAGAGGGUGAAGAAUCAAGGAGUGGUUUGGGGAGAAUGGGUGCAGCAACCAUUGAUAUUGGCUCAUCCAUCAGUAGGAUGCUUUGUGAAUCAUUGUGGGUUUGGAUCAAUGUGGGAGUCUCUAGUGAGUGAUUGCCAAAUAGUCUUGCUUCCAUAUUUGUGUGAUCAAGUUCUCAACACUAGAUUGAUGAGUGAGGAACUUGAGGUUUCUGUGGAAGUGCAAAGAGAAGAAACAGGAUGGUUCUCGAAAGAGAGCUUAAGUGUUGCGAUCACCUCGGUGAUGGACAAAGAUAGUGAGUUAGGGAAUCUGGUGAGGAGGAACCACACUAAAUUGAAGGAGGUUUUGGUUAGUCAUGGAUUAUUAACCGGUUACACCGAUAAAUUUGUUGAAACUUUGCAGGAUCUAGUCAACGAUACAAAUCUUGAAUGAAACAAUUUCAUUAUAAAGAAAGUACGUAGCAGCUGUCAUAAGAUAACGAAAUAAUAAGAAACUACUAGACCAUGAAGUCGUUAUUAGUGUUUUGUCUUUUCCUCGAAGUUGUAAUAAGAUUUGUCUUUCGAUAUAUGUUUUACUUUUCUAUAAUAAAUUCAUCAACUCGUU